UACAUCUUAUAUCGUCAGUAAUUUACAGUGCGUCACAAAAGCCGUUCAUUAAAAAAUGCCCCCGAAGCGACAGCAGAGAAAUGGUUUCUGGUAUUUUAUGCUAGAUUUUAAAAAAGCAGCAGAAAACCAGGGGAUAUCAUUCCCUGGAGGAAUGAAAGACGUGCAGAAUGAUCCUGAGUGUUCGAGACAAUGGAAGAGCCUGUCGAAGGUCGACAGAACUCACUACAGCGAUUUGGCAAGAAGAUAUAAAUGUCGAUCAAUGAAACUGACAGGAUGCGGUGAGCCCAUAGCCUUCAUCAAAGAGAGACAGCGAAAAAUCGCGGAGGCCGAGGCGAACAUGAAGUCAGACAUCUUGGAGACAAUUCGAAUGGGCCAGGAGUGCAAGAACAUCCAGAAUAUAUCAUUCUUCUUCAUCCACGUGCAGUACUUCUACACGAAAGAUCGUUCUGACUCAUCAGUUGAUUAUACACCAGCAGAAAUGGCGAUAAUCGAGUACUCGAUAGCAGAGGGAGUCAAGGGAUUCUAUCACCAGAUUAUCAAUGUCCAGGUGGAGAUGGGUUAUGCGAGAGAGACCCUGGAACAUGGAGAACGCACCCACAAAAUUCCAACGGAUUACGUCAAAGGGGAGAAAGAUUAUUUCAAGAUAUACGAGAUGUUUCGGGAGUUCUUGCAGCCCACGAUUGAUAGAACUGGAAAGAUUCCACCGGUUUACACCUCGAAGAGGUUCUCAAAUGUUGUCACGUGUUUUCUUGAUCGAAUGAUAAGAGCUGCUGAUCUCAAUGACGAUGUGUUCUCUUUGUACUCACUGGAGUAUCUUUAUGGAAAUCUCAUGAUCAUGUGCAAUCCUGAUAUCGAUAAUCACAGGAUAAAUCCUGAAAUUCUCGCUGAGAGUGAAUUGGAGAAAGAUGCAUUCGCUUAUUCCCCGAAUAUUGACUGUGAAUAUCACUCCAAGAUCGAUGGAGCAUCGAUCCACUGCAGUCUUGCUACCGUUCGACAGUGGGGAUUCUCCAUCUGCGAUUACUGCUGCAACUUCCUGGGGAUUGAGAUGAUACCGGAUGUUCACUGCCCAGCGUCAUCACUCACUGAUGAUUCCGAUUUGUUGGCGACGGGGAUGGCUUGUCUAGCUAUCGAUAAGAAAUUUCUACCGGGGACUGUCAAGUCGAUGACUGGAGUGACUGAGGCUUAUAGAUUGAAAAAAGCUGCGAGAACACCGAAGGAAGAUGAAGAGCGAAGGAAGAAGGCUCUUCUGAAUCCUCUAGUGAUAAUCGAUCAUAGUCUCAAUCUUCCACCACCACCACCACUGCCACCACCAGCUUCUGUGAGACUUCUGAAGCCUCUCAGAGCACCGAAGUCAUUGGCUCUGUCCCCGAAAGAAUCUGGGAAUCUACAAUUCUCAAUGACUGAUUUUCCUGAACUUGGCGCGUCACGAACUUCUCACCAGACGAAGUGAUCGAGAAAUGGCACGGGAUGAGGCAACAAUUAAUAUCUUUCGCUUCUGCGUGAACCGCAGUAAUAAUUUCCUACAUAAAAAAAAAUCUGGCGCAAUUAUUUCAUUUAUAAAAAGCCACCGACGAUUCUAUAAUUAAUUGUGGCAUGAACAAUUAAUUUCAUCGAAUUCGAAUAUCAAGUUUUAUUUUCUUUUACUAUUUUUGGGAUUAAUUACGACACAGAGUUUUGCGCUUGAUCAAAAUUUAAAAAAUUAUGUUCGAGGUGAAUUAUUAUUUCAAAAUUUAUUAAACGGCAAGGCCAUGUGUUAUCACUCGAGUAUUUUGAUAUCACUCCAAGAUAAGACAGAAAAUCCUCUCACCAGUUACAUCCAGUCGACAGAACAGCCCCCAGACUUAUCCAAUUAACAAUUCAAAAUUCCCCCUCAAAAUAGUUCCUUAACGCAGCCCCUAAAAAUAGGCAUUUUGAUAAUAUCAAAUUUUCCAUUUCGAUUAUCGUCGAUUCCGUCAUUCCAU